UUUGGCUCGAGAAGUGGCCCCGCCAGGGGCCCUGCAUGACCCUCUCCAUACCAGGCCCUGCUCCAUACCUCCGGCCGGCCUGGGGCCUCCCAGCGCGGCCUCCCUCGGCAGGAGGCCGCAGGCAGGCGGCUCGUCACCCGCAAGCGCAUCAUCCUCGGGCCUGGUGCCCCCCGCCGCCCCGCCACGGGCACAGCGGGCCGCGGCGGCGUCAACGCACGGGGCUGCCGCCUGGGCCGGGUCGUGCUGACCGAGGGCCGGGGGCGAGAUGUCCGAUGGCUUCAUCACAGUGGCCCAGUGCGUGGAGGGUCUGCCCCUCGGACGCUUCGUUUGGGAGCUCCUUGCCUGCGCGAUGCUGUUCUGGUUCCUCCUGGGCUCCAUCAAUGAGUGCACUCCCGUUGCGUUCUCCUACGUCCAGGCGUCAGACUGGCCCAGCGAGCAGACCACCAUGAUGCUCUCUGGUGCCUUAGUGAUGGGAAACUUCAUGGCGAUCUUGCUCGCCGGAUGGGUUGCGGACAGGCACGGCCGCAUGGCCGUUGUCCGGCCAGCCUUGUUCGCCACCAUACUCUGCGGCACGUUGCUGCAGAUGGCGCACACCUUUACGCAGGCGCUGGUUGCACGCCUUGUCCUCGGCUUUGUUUCGGGCGGCAUCAUUGGUGUGCUGCCGCCAUUGGUUGCAGAGCUGCUGCCGUCGCGCAACCGUGGUUUCCACAUGACGAUCUGGUGCGCAGGCUGGCCAGCGGGGGCCAUCUUUGCGCUGAUCGCCGGCUGCUUGUUUGACGGCCCGGAUUCGCGAGCCUUCUACAUGCUGAUUCUCAUGUCCGCCAUCGUCUUGACUAUGUGCACCCGGGCCGAUCUCAUCCCGGAAUCGCCGAGAUACUUGUACAUGGUCGGGCGCCGUGAUGAGGGCUACAGCGUUCUCAUGGACAUGUACGAGAAGGAGCAAGUGCCGAUGCCCUGGGCGGCGGACACCAUAGCGGUGACGUGCGCCUCGACGCCUGGCGAGCGCGCUGGAGGGACUGCGGACGCCAGCGCCAGCUCCUGCCAGACGAAGCCAGCCGUUGCUUCCAGUGCGGCGGUCACGGCCUGGCUGGCCUUGGCUAUGUUCCUGAUCAGCGCAGCGGGCCAGUCUAUGAAGUUGCUCGUGCCCGUUGUGCUGGUCGCUCAUCAGGAUCACGCGUUGCACAGCGCGCGGAUGCCGGUCAACUCUGCGACGUUCUUGUCGGCCUACCGGCGGGCCAAUAUCGCGGACCCUGUCGCCAAUUUCGGCCCAUUCGCAGGCUACCAUGGCAGCAGUCUCCUUGACAUCGCUAUGCGCCGCAGCAUUCCUCACCCUCAUCAUCGUGUACGUGCUCAUGCAUUUGAGCAACACGGCCAUGGCUUCCAAGCGUUGAACUACAACGUUGUCUUCGUGAUUGCGCAGGCUUAUAUUAUUCAGACGAUUGGCGUCGUCCUGUGCGCGUACACGUCCACCUGGAUUUACCGGAAGUCGAUGAUCCAAUGGUCUCUUUUGUGUGCCGCGUUCUUCACCCUUGCCACAAUGGUCAUGGCCCAGCAUGGGGCACUGCUGCUGUGUGGUCCGUUCCUUGGGGUGCAGCUCGCUGCGCAGUCCGCGGGGUUCAAUUUCCUGCAGGUUUUCGCGUGCGAAUACUUCCCUACGUCUUCCCGCGCGAAGAUGGUGGCUGUGGUGAACUUCUCGGCGCAGCUGGGUAACGUUGUGCUUCCAGUGUUUGGCGACAUUGUCGUGCAAAGGCUGUCCACAUCAGGAGCGGUCGUGUUCUUCGGACUGCUGUACGUGGCCUGCUAUUUCGUAACAUUGAAGUUGCCAUUGCAGAACGUUCGUGAGCAACCCUUGCACGAUGUCGAAGCUGAGCGAUCCCAGAAGGGCACAUCCGUCCGCUCACGGAAGCGUGAAUGGGCCAGUUACCAAACGAUUUGAUGCUGCAUGGCCAGGUUGUGUGUGCAGUAAGGACAUCAGGCAUUCCACGGCCCAGUAGAAGGAGCAGGAGGGGGAGAAGGCAUCGCGGAAGAGGUGAAGUGAACGCUCGGGCCGUCGUCUUGGUCUGCGCGCUGCGCUGUCGCAUUGAAAAGUACGCCAGAGUGCACGCAAGCGUCGAAGAACGCGUUGUGCCAUUGUUCGGCGGAAACCAGAACUCAGACCUCUGACGUCUUGAACAAAAGCAAGGCGGAGGUACAGCUUAUCUGCCACUGUGGGCUGUCUUUUGGACCUGGGACCAUGAUGAGUCGAGAGGUGUAAGGACCACAUAUUGAAAAAUCUCACGACGUCUGAUGUUAGAGAAUACACACGCGCCCAGCCUGCCUGCUGUUACUUCCUGUUCACCCGACGGCCCGCAGAGCAAAAGUCUCCUUGAGGGUGCCCCC